AUGUCGAUGGAGGAGAGGAAGAAGUUGUUGCGGGAUAAGAAGGUCUGCUUCCGGUGCUGUGAAUCGACGUCACACAUCAGUCGCAACUGUGAUGUGAAACAACCUUGUAGCGAAUGUAAUAGUGCAAGGCACUGCACAGCACUCCAUCUUGAGCAUCAGUCAAAUUCAGGCUCCUUAGAGUACGGCGAGGAGCCUGCAUCACUGGUAUCUAAAUCUCCUGUCCAAGUUAACUGCACGCAGAUCUGUGGCAAUAAGUUCAAAGGGAAAUCAUGUGCCAAAAUUGUUCUUGUUGACGCGUUCCAUCAAGACCGACCCACAGACCGCAUAAGACUUUAUGCCAUGAUUGACGACCAGAGCAACAUGUCACUGGCCAAAUCACAAUUAUUUGACCAACUUGGCAUUAAAGGAAAACAACACAACUACGUGUUAUCUUCGGUGUCCGGGGUUUCGAAGACCACAGGCAGAGACUCGACUAAGGUUAUCGUUGAACCUGUAGACAGGUCUAUAAGUCUUGACAUUCCCAUCCUGUUAGAAUGUGACCGCGUCCCUGAAAUUCGCGAUGAAAUACCUACUCCUGAGGUAGCCGAAAACUACGCCCAUCUCAGAGACGUUGCCAAGUGUAUUCCUCCUAUUGACAACACUGCUCACAUUUUGAUGCUUAUUGGAAGGGACGUAAUUAGAGCUCAUCAUGUUUUGGACCAGAGAAUAGGACCAUCAAACACGCCAUAUGCCCAGAAACUCCCUCUCGGUUGGGUCAUAAUCGGAGAGACUUGCUUAGGAAGGACUCGCAUUCCAGAACUAGUAAAUGUUUGUAAAACCAAUUUCCUAGCAGAUGGCCGACCAUCACUCUUCAAACCCUGUCCGAACGAAUUUGAGUGCAUCUACGAUGCGAACAGGUCCUUAAAGGAGCUUGAUGUAUUAGGAAAACAUGUGUUCCAUCGUACAAAGGAGGAUGAGAAAGUCAGCAUGUCACAGGAAGACCGAAGGUUUCUCGGCAUCAUGAAAGAAGAGCUUGUGAAAGGUAAUGAUGGUAAAUGGAUAGCUCCACUGCCAUUCCGCGAUCCACGACCAAGAUUGACUAACAACCGAACACAAGCUUUUAAACGAGCAAGAACCCUGGAUACCAGUCUGCGAAAGAACCCCGUGAAGCGACAGCACUUCGUAGACUUCAUGGAAAAGAUAUUCAGUAGUGGCCACGCCGAGUUAGCGCCGGCGCUUAAGGACAGCGAAGAAUGUUGGUAUUUACCAAUUUUCGGUGUAUACCACCCGCGGAAACCGGAGCAACUUAGAGCAGUGUUUGACUCCUCGGCAAGGCACAAUGGAGUUUCAUUGAACGAUGUCCUCAUGUCUGGUCCAGACCUUGCAAAUAGCUUGCUUGGAGUGCUGAUGCGGUUCCGAAGGGAGUCGGUGGCUAUAGUAGGAGACAUUGAGCAAAUGUUUUAUUGCUUUCAAGUAAGGGAAGACCACAGGAACUACUUAAGGUUCUUAUGGUACAAGGACAACAAUCCGGAAAAUGAGUUGGUGGAAUAUCGCAUGUGCAUCCACGUCUUCGGAAACAGUCCUUCUCCUGCCAUUGCCACCUUAGGACUUCGAAAGUCAGCCGAAGGAAAUGAUGAUGACGUUUCCAACUUUGUCACUAAUGACUUCUACGUGGAUGACGGGCUUACCUCAUUACCAACUGUCGACGAAGCUGUUGACCUUAUGAAAAGAACACAGCAUGCACUUCACCAAGGAGGGAAACUACGCUUACACAAAAUUGCCUCUAAUAGUGAUGAAGUUAUGAACUCUUUUCCUGCAGACGACCUUGCAAAAGGUGUUAAGGAUCUCGAUUUAGGAUGUGAACCACUGCCUGUUCAGUGUAGCUUGGGAGUCAGUUGGAGUUUGGAAACCGACUCGUUUCUUUAUCAAGUCUCAACAGAAGCUAAACCAUACACGCGCAGGGGCAUACUGUCAACUGUCAACGGGAUCUUCGACCCGUUAGGAUUUUUGGCUCCAGUAGUAAUCGAUGGGAAACACUUUUUGAGAUCUCUUAUUCAUGGAACCAAAGAUUGGGAUGAACCUCUCCCCGCAGAACAGCGCAUACAAUGGGAACUCUGGAGAGACUCUCUUGAACACCUACAACAUGUUCGUAUACCUCGGACCUACGCACAGUUUUCAUUCAAACUAUCUAUUGACAGUACCGUCCAUGUCUUCUCUGAUGCCUCCGAGAAAGCUAUCGCUGCAGUAAGUUAUCUACAUACAAAGGAUGGAAACGGAAAACAAGAUAUUGGAUUCAUUCUUGGCAAGGCUAAGGUAGCCCCCCUCCAUGGCCAUACGAUACCGAGACUGGAAUUGUGUGCUGCAGUAUUGGCCGUGGACAUAGCAGAGACAGUAUCUGACCACUUACAUAUCCCUCUUGAGAAAUUUCGAUUCCACACCGAUAGCAAAGUUGUACUUGGUUACAUAUACAACAAAACAAGGAGGUUUUAUACAUACGUAGCCAAUAGGGUAGAACGCAUUAUACACGUGACGGACGCAGAUCAAUGGUCGUAUGUGCAAACAGAUAGAAAUCCAGCAGAUGAAGGGACAAGAUCAGUACCCGCCCAGGCUAUUCAAGACAGCAUGUGGCUCAAUGGACCUACUCGUCUUACUACGAUUAAUGAUAUGACAUCAGAGCAUGUGUUUGAUCUGCAUGAACCAGAAGAUGACAAAGAGGUAAGGCCCCAGGUUCAAAGUCUAAAGACAGACGUCAAACAGUCACCACUUGGUUCUCAUCGCUUCGCAAGAUUUUCUACUUGGAGGACCCUUAUCAGGGCUAUUAUGACACUGACGCAUGUGGCACAGUCCAUUGUCAGCAAGUCCGAGUGUAGGGGUUGGCAUAUUUGCAGUAAGGACAGAAGUGUUGCUGCUUACCACAAGGCCGAACAAUUCGUGGUGAAGGAGGUGCAAAAAGAGGCAUAUCCGGAAGAACUAAACAGUCUCGAACGCGAUCAACUUCUUCCAAACGGAAGUUCGAUUCUGUCACUGAACGCAUUUUUGGAUCAGGAUGGAAUUCUACGAGUAGGCGGACGCCUAAAUCAAAGCCAUGUUCAACAGAAUGAAAUGAAUCCAAUCAUCAUCCCUGGGAAGCAUCAUGUCGCAUUACUUCUCGUGAGACUAUUUCAUGAACAGGUUAAACACCAAGGGCGAAAUUUCACAGGAGCCGUGAGGACAGCAGGAUAUUGGAUAACGGGCUGUAAGCGCUUGGUAUCAACGGUCUUGCAUGCGUGCGUGAAAUGUCGUAAACUUCGAGGGAAAUUGGAGCACCAAUUGAUGGCAGACAUACCUUCCGACCGACUUCAACCUGGCCCACCAUUCACCAACGUCGGUGUGGACACUUUCGGUCCAUGGCAGAUUGUUAGCAGGCGUACUCGUGGUGGUUCAGCCCAAGCAAAACGCUGGGCAAUUAUGUUCACAUGCCUCACCACCAGGGCUAUCCACAUAGAGGUGGUAGAAGAACUGAGUUCGUCGUCUUUUAUUAAUGCCUUCAGAAGGUUUACCGCUGUGAGGGGCCAUGUAAAACAGAUCCGAUCAGAUCAUGGCACUAAUUUCAUUGGCGCGGUGGAUGAUCUGCAGAUUAACGCCUUUAAGGUUGAGGAAGAAGCAGUGAAGACAUUCCUAUGCGACCGCGGAACUACCUGGCUUUUCAACCCACCGCACGCAUCACAUAUGGGCGGGGCUUGGGAAAGGAUGAUAGGUGUCUCACGUCGCGUUCUUGAGUCAAUGCUGACAACAGUGAUGGACACUAAUUUGACUCACGAAGUACUCGUUACCUUCCUAGCUGAGGUUUGCGCGAUCGUUAACGCCAGGCCACUAGUACCCGUGUCUUCAGAUCCGGAGGAUCCAUUUCCAAUCAGUCCGGCUACACUUCUGACACAGAAACCAGACUCCAUCAUCGAACCAUUUGUGCCUCUUGAUAAUUCUAGUUUGCACAAGGCGCAGUGGAAAAGAGUGAAGGUUCUAGCCGACACAUUUUGGAAGCGCUGGAGAGCCCAAUACCUCCAUACUCUACAACCUCGACGGAAAUGGAAUGACAAGCGCAAGAAUAUCGCGAUAUGGGAUAGUGUGCUACUUAGGGACAAUGAGGUAUCAAGGAACAACUGGCCAUUGGGUUAUGUCGCAAGGGUCUUCCCAAGCAAUGACGGUUUAGUUCGAACGGCAGAGGUCAAGAUUACUUCCGGACGAGGAAAGCCUGUGUUAUAUGUACGACCGAUCAACGAACUGAUCUUACUUCUUGGAGACAACAAAGGCUGA